GGACCGGAAGUGACGUGAGCCAGUUCCGGUUUUGCCGGAGCCCAGCGGCGGGUGUGAGAGUCGGUCAGGUGCCGCUUGUAGGAUCCGGAGAUCCGGAGCAGCCGGGGUCAGAGCGGCUCCUCAAGAGUUAUUGAUCUAUGAAAUGGCAGAGAAUGGAAAAAAUUGUGACCAGAGACGUGUAGCAAUGAACAAGGAACAAUAUAAUGGAAACUUCACAGACCCCUCUUCAAUGAAUGAAAAGAAGAAGAGGGAUCGGGAAGAAAGGCAGAAUAUUGUCCUGUGGAGACAGCCACUCAUUACCUUGCAGUAUUUUUCUCUGGAAAUCCUAGUAAUCUUGAAGGACUGGACCUCAAAAUUAUGGCAUCGUCAAAACAUUGUGGUGUCUUGUUUACUGCUGCUUGCUGUGCUUAUAGCUACGUAUUAUGUGGAAGGAGCACAUCAACAGUAUGUGCAACGUAUAGAGAAACAGUUUCUUUUGUAUGCCUACUGGAUAGGCUUAGGAAUUUUGUCUUCUGUUGGGCUUGGAACAGGACUGCACACCUUUCUGCUUUAUCUGGGUCCGCAUAUAGCUUCAGUUACAUUAGCUGCUUACGAAUGCAAUUCAGUUAAUUUCCCUGAACCACCUUAUCCUGAUCAGAUUAUUUGUCCAGACCAAGAGGGCAUUGAAGGAUCCGUUUCUUUGUGGAGCAUCAUCUCAAAAGUUAGGAUUGAGGCCUGCAUGUGGGGUGUCGGUACAGCAAUUGGAGAGUUGCCUCCGUAUUUCAUGGCCAGAGCAGCUCGACUCUCAGGUGCUGAACCAGAUGAUGAAGAGUAUCAGGAAUUUGAAGAGAUGCUGGAGCAUGCAGAGGCUGCACAAUCCGGGAGUAAGUCUGGACUUUGCUCCCGGGCUAAGCUGGCAGUACAAAACCUAGUACAGAAGGUUGGAUUUUUUGGAAUUUUGGCCUGUGCUUCAAUUCCAAAUCCUCUGUUUGAUCUGGCUGGAAUAACAUGCGGACACUUUCUUGUACCUUUUUGGACUUUCUUUGGUGCAACCUUGAUUGGAAAAGCAAUAAUUAAGAUGCAUAUUCAGAAAAUCUUUGUUAUAAUAACGUUCAGCAAACACAUAGUGGAACAGAUGGUGGCUUUCAUUGGUGCUGUCCCCGGCAUAGGUCCAUCUCUGCAGAAGCCAUUCCAGGAGUACCUGGAGGCCCCGCAGAAGCUUCACCACAGGAGUGAAAUGGGCGCACCUCAGGGAGAAAACUGGUUGUCCUGGAUGUUCGAGAAGUUGGUGAUUGCAAUGGUGUGUUACUUCAUCCUGUCCAUCAUUAACUCCAUGGCACAAAGUUAUGCCAAAAGAAUCCAGCAGCGGAUAAAAUCAGAGGAGAAAACUAAAUAAGCAGGAAAAGUUUUUAACAGCAGGAACUAGAAUGGAUGGGUUCUGCCUUAAUUGGGAGGACUCCAAACCAGGAAAAAAACUUCCCUUUUCCAUCCUGUUUCGAUUUAACUUUUUUUUCCUGAAAACAAUUUAGUCCAUAAUUUGCACUGACAUACUUUUCCUUUGUGUGUUAAGGUAAGGUGUCCACCCUCAAUUCAAUUCAAGCUGUAUUUUAUGAGGGUGGAAUGGGAUGGUCAGCAGCAAACUUAACAGAAAAUGGCCUUCUAUUUGUUACUUUCAAAAGGCCCACAUAGUACAAUUAAAGAAUUCCAGACACCACAAAAAAAGUUCUUAAGUAUGUUAACUAUGUCAAGCUUUUUAAGCUUGUCACAAAUGACUGCUUUGUUUUUCUAAAUCAUCAAAAUGUAUAUAAAUAUUAGACGGGAUAACAGUCGUGCAUGUCUAUCAUGGUACAAUUUAACCUGCCAUCCUGCCCAGCCCUUCCUCCCCCACCUACCAAAAAAAAGGCCAUUUUAUGAUGCGUUGCAUACCCUCUUGGGAAAUUGAUCUUUAAAAUUUUGAGACAGUAUAAGGAAAAUCUGGUUGGUGUCUCCGGAAUGAGCUGACACCAUUUUUUAUUCUGUAUAUUUAGAAUGAAGUCAUGAAAAAUCUUUAUAAAGACCUCUUUGAUCAUUCCACAAUUGUGUUCGUUUUCUUGAGCGUUUUGGUUUUUUACUUCCUAGUAGCUUCUACCAACUGACUGACAGCCUUGCCAAAUCCACCUACAACCGUAAUGUCUUAAGCCUUCGUUUAUUUGCAUGAAAAGAGACAACAUCCAUUUUUGUUGCUGGAAUUGGGCAGCUAGCUGCACCCCGGUGAGAUGGUGCCGUAAGGACGGGUGUCAUGAGGGGAUUUCUUGAAUUGUGAAAGCAGUAGAGAUGGUAGCAUGCAAGUCAAAGAACACGGGAGAGAGAAAUUACUCAUUUAAAAAAACUACACUUUUCUCAUGUGUUAAUUUUAGCUCAGCAUGUGCUCUGUUUUAACAGAAAUUUACUUUUAUAUGUAACUUAAUUUUCUUGUCCUUUUCAGUUUUGUUCUUAUGUGAUGUUUCCUUCGGGAUGUUUCAAGUUAAACUUGGUCAUUUUGUUUUGCUUGAGAGGGAAAUAAACAAUUUCACUUUCUUCCUUUAGGAAAAUUGCUACUGACAUUAUGUUGAGAGUAGAAUUGGGUUUAAAUCUCAACAGGCCAGAAAUGCCUGGUUUGUUUGAUCAAAUCCUGCCUGAAUGUCUGCUUGUUUUGCCUCCCGUCGUGACAUCUCCAUGGCCGUACCACCUUGUCGGGUAGCUUAUCAGACUGAUGUUGACUGUUGAAUCUCAUGGCAACAGCAGUCGAUGGGCUGUCUGACAUUUUGGUAUCUUUCAUCUGACCAUCCAUAUCAAAUGUUCCCAUUCAAACAUCACCCAAAAUCAUGGUUAAUGAUAAAAAACAAAAACCUCUGUCCUUAUGUCCAGUGGCACUUUGAGUCUUCUAUGCCAUGAUAUUGCAUAGUCAGAAGGAUUUUAUGGGAAAAUUGGGAUAGUCUCCAUGACCACAGCUAAGUAAAUAAAGCAUAAGCAACCUGCCUUGUGGGUUUUGAAAAGGUUGUUGAUCAUUUUUUUCCAUCCAGGGACUUCUAGCAGUGUGACUGUUGCCUUACUUAAAGAGCAGUGCCCCAAUGGCUUUAUUUUAAACAGAUUCACAUUAAAAUCAUAAUUUUUAGAUUCUUUAGGGUUAGUGUAAGUUUCUAAGUUAGCUUCUGGUUGUGUUUCAUCUGUUUCACCUGCAUUUUACUUGGUGUUUGUCUAAAGAGAGAAAAGAGGAAAGCAAAUAUGAAUGGUGCCACUUGUACUAAAUCUUUGGGCUUUAUUGGUCAAUUUAUUUCAGGGUAGGGGAUUAGAAAAAUGUGUCUUAGGCUGAAGGUCUGACUUAAGGGUGACCAUUUGUUCACUCUCUCUCGAAUGAAGAACAACUCUCCUUUCCUCACUGUGUGCUCAGGUGUGGCAGCCCUGAGGGUCCUGCUGGCCUUGUGUUCCGUGUGGAUUUGUUCCUUUCUUAGAUCAAAAGUGGAUGCAAACAACUACAUGAUCCCAGAGACAUACCUAGUUAAUUCCAGCUGGUGAGAAACCAGAAACGUUGUAAAUGGAUGGUUUGAUAUUGCUGCAAAUAAAGAAAAAGGGCCUGGGAA